GAUGGCAGCGCACAUGUUCACAAAAUUCGCACAUUUGGGGAAAACUUUGCUUGAUUUCCCCAUAAAACAGCGAACUUUUCCCGUUUUGAUGUGCCAGAGGGGAGCAAGACAGUGGCUACGAAGACGAGCUGUAAACGUUUAUUCUCAAGAAGACUACAGGAAAGGCCAGAAAGGAGAGAAAGUUGGAAGUGCAGACGACCACAGAGGAUAUGAUUAUGAUAGGUCACCAAGUUCACCACCGAACCAGAAGACUUUUGCGACGUCCUACCCACACGUACCGCCGCCACAGGACAGAACAUCGUCUGGCACUGUUCAAGGGAAAAAUUAUGUGAAGCUCCACGAUAAUGACAAGAAAUUAGCAAAGCUUCUUGUGAAAGUCAAAUCCAAAAAGCGGAGAGACAAGGAGGGCCUGAUACUUCUAGAGGGAAAGAGACUUAUCAAGGAUGCCAUAAAAGCAGGAGGGAUUCUGGAGUCAUUGUUUUUCUGCCACGUGGAGGACUUGGACGGCCUGCCUCUUCAGGAAACAACAGCAGAGCUCUACAAGGUCAAACACAAGGACAUCCAUGACUGGUCAGACACUGUAACCCCUCAGAAGGUCAUAGCCAUAUUUACGAGACCAGAUGUGAACAGACUGUUCAGCCCUGCCUGUAGUGAAGAGGAGAUGUUACCUCUGACCCUGAUCUGUGAUAACAUCCGUGACCCCGGGAACAUGGGCACCAUCAUCAGGUCUGCUGCUGCUGCCGGCUGUCAGAAACUACUGGUCACUAAAGGUUGUGUGGAUGUUUGGGAGAGCAAAGUCCUCCGUGCGGGAGCUAGCGCCCACUUCCACCUCCCCAUCAUCAAGGACCUGACCUGGGACGCCAUACCUGACUACCUGCCACCCGACACUGUCGUAUUUCCCGCCGACGCAAACGUUGACGUCGCAAACAAGUUCACGCUAUUCCACCCGCCGCUAAGCACCGUUCGGAGAUCCGCAGGUAAAAGGCAGAACCAAAUCCACGACCCUGACACAAGCGGUGACGAAGAUUUUGAGCUCCCAACGUCUCUCCCAGAGCUGGUUGCAGUACCGUACUACAGCACACAUUGGGUAGGGGGCAGCACUGCACUAGUGGUGGGUGGUGAGACUGAAGGCUUGAGUCUGGAGUCCCUGCUGCUGUGUGAGAAGACUGGGGGCUGCAGGGUGUUCGUGCCCAUGUGGAGGGGCCUGGAUAGCCUGAACUCAGCCGUAGCGGCCAGUGUGGUCCUGUUUGAGGCUAAGAGACAACACCUUGCACAGAUGAGUAUUGGGAAGGAAGAAGGGAUAGAGAGAAGGGCUAGGAGAGGAGUUGAACCUAAGCAAUGAAAGUGGAAACUAAACUGAACAGUAAUGUAGAGAGAUAAUACCAAUUUGAUUUGUUGAUUCUUGGAAUUUUGUCAGGAAAUCAUUGAAG